AUGGCAGCUCAGGCACCCGAUGUGUCUCUGGUGAAGAAGGACGCGCACCCCUUUGAGCGUGCGCAGCUCGAGGGCCUGAUGACGAAGCGCUUCUUUUACACGCAGGCCUUUGAGAUCUACGGCGGUGUCGCGGGUCUGUACGACUACGGACCGAGCGGUGCGGCGCUCCAGGCGAACAUUAUUAACCACUGGCGCAGCCACUUUAUCAUUGAGGAGGACAUGCUCGAGCUCGACACGACGAUCAUGACGCUUUCCGACGUGCUCAAGACCUCGGGUCACGUCGACAAGUUUGCCGACUGGAUGGUGAAGGACACCAAGACCGGUGAGAUCUACCGCGCGGACCAUAUGGUGGAGAAUGUGCUCGAGGCGCGCCUCAAGGGCGAUGAGGAGGCGCGUGCGAAGGAGUCGGGCGCCGGCGCCGCCGCCGCUGCCGCCGCCGCGCCUGCUGCCGACGACAAAAAGUCCAAGAAGAAGGCCAAGGCGGUGGCCGUCAAGCUUGACGACGCGCAGGUCGCCGAGUUCCACAAGAUUCUUGCACAGAUUGACGACUACUCGGGCGCCCAGCUCGCGGAGCUCAUCAAGAAGUAUGACAUCCGCGCGCCCGCGAGCGGCAACGAGGUGUCCGAGCCAACCGAGUUCAACCUGAUGUUUGAGAGCUACAUCGGCCCCACGGGCCAGACCAAGGGCUACCUGCGCCCCGAGACCGCGCAGGGCCACUUUGUCAACUUUGAGCGUCUGCUCGACUUCAACAACGGCCGCGUGCCGUUCGCCAGUGCGCAGAUCGGCAAGAGUUUCCGUAACGAGAUCAGCCCCCGUGCCGGUCUGCUGCGUGUGCGUGAGUUUGUCAUGGCCGAGAUCGAGCACUAUGUCGACCCCGAGAAGAAGACGCACGCGCGCUUCAACGAGGUGGAGAACAUUGUCGUGCCGCUGCUGCACCGCGACGUGCAAAAGGCCGGCGAGACCACCGUGAAGCACAUCACGAUCGGCGAGGCCGUUCGCUCUGGCAUGGUCGACAACGAGACGCUCGGCUACUUCCUGGGCCGCAUCUACCUCUUCCUCGAGGCCAUUGGUAUCGACACGCAGCGCCUGCGUUUCCGCCAGCACAUGGACAAUGAGAUGGCGCACUACGCGAGCGACUGCUGGGACGCCGAGCUCUUUACCAGCUACGGCUGGAUCGAGUGUGUCGGCUGUGCGGACCGCAGCGCGUUUGACCUGACCAUGCACAGCCAGCGCACGAAGCGCGACCUGAUGGUCCAGGAGCCGCUCAAGCAGCCCAAGGUCUACCAAAAGUACGUGCCGACCCUCAACAAAAAGGUACUCGGCCCCGCCUUUAAGAAGGACGCCAAGCUCAUCGAGGACACGAUCAACAACCUCGAUCAGGACGCUUUGAAGGCGCUCGAGGCGGACCUUGCUGCCGGCAACGCCUCGCUCGAGGCCAACGGCCAGACCUUUUCGAUUACGAACGAGCACCUCACCGUCGAGUACAAGACGAUCAAGGAGAGCGUGCGCAACUUUACCCCCAACGUCAUCGAGCCGUCCUUUGGUAUCGGCCGCAUCUUUUACGCGCUCCUCGAGCACUCGUUCUGGUCGCGCGAAGAGGACAAGGAGCGCGGCGUCCUGUCGCUCCCGCCGCUUGUUGCGCCGUUCAAGGUGCUGAUCGUGCCGAUUUCCUCGAACGAGCAGCUCUCGCCGCUCGCGCAGCAGAUCAGCAAGAAGCUGCGCUCGCUCGGCAUCGCGUCGCGCAUCGACGACAGCAGCGCGACGAUCGGCCGCCGCUACGCGCGCAACGACGAGCUCGGCACGCCGUUUGCGUGCACGAUCGACUUUGCGUCGGUGUCCAAGGGAACAAUCACCCUCCGCGAGCGCGACACUACCUCGCAGCGCAUCGGCACCGUCGACCAGGUCGUCGACGUGGUCAAGCAGCUCUGCGACGGCCGCCUCGACUGGAAGGGCGCCUGCCAGAUCCUGCCCGCCUACACCGGCACGCAGGAUGUGGAGGCAUAG